AGGUGUUGUCAUUUUUGACUGAUACUCCCCGAUGUGAAAAUAUGUACUCCACAAAAUCAAUAAUUUGAAUACUACAGAAGUAUUAUUUUUACGAUAUAAGUACCAUGCAUUCAUUAUCUAAGAUUUAAUUUAAUAUUCUAUUACAUAAUAAUAGAGAUUCAUCAUUCAUUAUGGAUAAAUCUACUCUCAGCAAUGAGGCUGUACAGGUAGUUGUACGAUGUCGUCCUAUGAGCCAAAAGGAGGAUCAGGCUGAAUGUCUGGCAAUCAUCAAAACCUAUCCCAGUAGAGGCGUUAUCGAAGUACAAAAUCCAAAAGCUAGGAGCGAAAAUGAAAGGACCAAAUUGUUUACUUUCGAUGCAGUAUACGAUUGGCAUUCUACUCAACAAUCUUUGUACGAUGAGACGGUGCGUCCGUUGGUGUCCUCCGUGUUGGAAGGGUAUAACGGUUGUGUAUUCGCAUAUGGUCAGACGGGCACUGGCAAAACCUACACAAUGGAAGGAACGAAAGAGGUAGAAGACGGUCAAGGUGUUAUCCCAAGAGCUUUCGAACAAAUUUGGGCGCACAUAAAUAGAACUACUGGUGUCGAAUUCUUGGUGACCGUUCGUUAUUUGGAAAUAUACAUGGAAGAGAUCAGAGACUUAUUGAAGACGAAACAUUCCAAACCGCUCGAAUUGAGAGAGGACAAUGGUCAAGGAGUCUACGUAACGCACCUUCAUUCACAAACGUGCAAGAGCGAAGCCGACAUGUUCAAGGCAAUGAGAAUAGGAAAUCUAAACAGAACCACAGGCGCCACGAACAUGAACGAGCACAGUUCUAGAUCUCACGCUAUAUUCCAAAUAGUCAUCGAAAUGGCGGAAGAACACUCUAAAAGUGUCAAGGUGGGAAAAUUGAACCUUAUCGAUUUGGCGGGCAGUGAGAGACAGGCCAAAACCGGAGCUACCGGAGACAGGUUGAGAGAAGCUACCAAGAUCAACAAGGCGUUAUCUUCUUUGGGAAACGUUAUUUACGCGUUGGCUGAGAACUCCGCACAUAUACCUUACAGGGACUCCAAACUCACAAGACUGUUACAAGAUUCUCUAGGCGGAAAUAGUAAAACCAUCAUGAUUGCCAAUAUCGGUCCCGCAAAUACAAAUUAUGAGGAAACUAUUGUAACGUUAAGAUACGCCUACCGGGCAAAGUCGAUCAAGAACCAACCGAUCAAGAACGAAGACAUCAAAAACACCAAGUUGCUGGAGCUGCAGGAGGAGAUCGAACGGCUGAAGAGGCUCAUCGAGGAGAAGAACAGGGGGAUAGAGCUGACGGGUCAGAUCGAGUACGAGGUGAGCAGCGAGGACGACGACGACGACAACGAGAAAGAGGAAAAGGUGAAAAAAUUGGAACUGAGCAAGGUGGAGGUGAGCGAACUGGCCAAGCAGCUGAAGACGUUGGAGAACCAGAUGGUGCACGGCGGAAAUUUGGUGGAUAGCGUCAAGGAGAACGAGAUGAAGCUCGAGCAGCAGAGGCUGGAGAUCGCCGCGCGAAAGAAAAGGGAGAUAGAAAUCCAACAAAAAAUAGAAGAGGAAGAGGAAAAUUGCCACGAGUUGAAGCAGGUAUUCGCCAGUCUCCAGCAAGAGGUCGAUUUCAAGAGGGACAAGCUGAAAAGGUUGUACGCUAGAUUGCAGUCGGUCAAGCAGGAAAUAAAAGAUUGCCAUGAGGAAUACGUUAGGAGUAGGAAAGAGAUCGAAGAGUCCAACGACAACGCGUCGAUGCAGCUCCGAAAAAGGUUCCUCAUCAUCGACAAUUUCGUUCCCACCGAAGAAAGGACGCGCCUGUUGAACCUGGCCUAUUUCGACGACGACAAAGACAACUGGAUCCUAAAUAAGGAACAAUAUAAGCUUGCCAGACCUAUUGCUCACAAUUACAGGAGACCAAUAUCCGAUUAUGCUGUCCAACGUUCCCACAAUUCAUCCAAAUACAGGGGUGAAAAUAUCCUGGAUUUGAAUCUGGACAUGCCUCUACGCACAACCCAAGACUACACUUACCCCGCUGUCUGCCCGCAAAUUAAGGCUUUCGUUAGCAAUAUAAUAACGCAAGAGAGCCAAAACAACCACAUAAAGUUACCGGCUCACUCCGUGGCCGUGAAAAGCGCCACCUCGAAGCUCGAGAAAGAGGGGAAAUACAAACAGGCCAUUAGGAAUAUCGUCGAGGUUCAUAACCAGAAAAGUCGACAAAACUCUGCUCGGCCAGUAUUCUAAUUAACCGCAAUAAUCAAAUGCCUAAGUCGAUUUGAAGCAGCUUAUCCAGUGAAACUAUUGCUAGUCAUAUGCAUUCUACAUUUUGUUGUACCUUAUCCAUGUGUAAAUUUAUUUUUGCUAGUCACAAAGAUUAUUAUGUAUUUAAAGAAAAAUAUUUAUUUUUUUUUACACAUUGAAUGUGAUAUUUUUUCAAAUUGUUGGCAGUAUUAUUUAUCAAUAAAUGAGGUAGUUCCUGUUCA